AGUAAAGCCCCACGAGAGCAUGUGACCCCCAAGCGGGCGCCCUGCGUUGCUGCAGGAGGAGAGCGACGCCGUGUCGGAGUGGCUGGUGGUGAUGCAUCCGCAAGUGCAGAGGGCAUCCGUCGCUCUUCCGGCGACGCCUGGCACUGGCACGGCUCGGGGGAGCUGUUCGCGUUCCACAAGUGGUGGCCAGGGUGGCUGGGCGAGCCCUUUGCGGACGUGGACCCCGCGGACGGCGCCGAGGGCGAGCUGUGCGUGGUAGCGUCGCGGCGCUUCCGGUGCCCCGGGGCGGCGGCGGCGGCGUCAGCUGCGCCCGACGGCCGCGGCCCGCUCUGCGACGCAGAUUACUUCUUCUGGCACGCGGAGCGCUGCGAGCGCGUGCGUGCCGCGCCCCUGUGCCAGCGCCCGCACGACGACGUAGGGUGCGUGUCGGGGUACGGGCACGCGUACGGCGGCGCGGCCAACGUGUCGGCGAGCGGGGAGGCGUGCCUGGCGUGGGACGCGGCGGCCGCGGCCGGCGCGCUCAAGUACCGCGUGUCGGAGCGCGCGCGCCGCGCCAACCUCUCGGGCCACAACCACUGCCGGCGGCUGCGCGGCCGCGUCGAGCAGCCCUGGUGCUUCGUGGGCGGCGACGCGCGCCUGUGGCGAAGACUGCUGCGGACCACGGCUGUGGCGCUAAGGAGUUCGAGUGCAGACCCGGCACCUGUAUCCCCAACUCGUGGACUGCCCGGACGGGCGCGACGAGCAGGGCUGCGCGGGUCUGCUGGCGGAGUUCGCGCGGCGCGAGGGCCGUCGCCUGGCGGGCGAGGGCGCGGCGCGCGAGCAGUGGUUGGGCGUCGAGGCGGCCACCUGCGCGCUGCGCUGCCUCGAGGCCAAGCACUUCGUCUGCCGCUCCUUCAGCUUCAUGUGACGUUCGGGCGCUGGGGCUCCGUCUGCGACGAUCUGUUCGGCGCGGAGGACGCUGACGUGGCCUGUCGCCAGCUGGGCUUCAAGCUCGGCGCUGCCGACAUCCUUCCAGGUUCGCACUUCGGGCCCAGCAACCUCACCUUCAUCAUGGACGACCUCAAGUGCCGGGGCAAUGAGUCGUCGCUAAGCGACUGCAGCUUCUCUGGCUGGGGUGUUAACGACUGCACGCCCGAAGAGGAGGCGGGGCUGGUGUGCCGAGUGCCCGGGUCGGAGUGCGCGCCCAAGGAGUGGCGUUGCGCGGGCUCCAAGGGGGAGUGCAUUCCCGUGGGCUUCCUCUGCGACGACGUGCCCGACUGCAAGGACGGCAGCGACGAGGGAGCGCGUUGCCAGGAGCCCGUGUCGCUGCGGCUGGCGGGCGGGCCGCACGCGCGCGCGGGCCGCCUGGAGGUGCGGCGCCACGGCGUGUGGGGCACGGUGUGCGACGACGACUUCGGGCCGGCGUCGGCGGCGGUGGCGUGUCGCGCGCUGGGGCUGGCCGCCGGCGGCGCCCGCGCGCGCAAGGGCGGCGCCUUCGGCCCGGGCCGCGGCCCCAUCUGGCUGGACCAGGUCAUCUGCCGCGGCAACGAGUCCGCGCUCGAGCACUGCUUGCACGAGCCCUGGGGCAAGCACAACUGCGCCCACGACGAGGACGUGGCCGUCGAGUGCGACGGCCCAGCCCCCGGCCACGAACCCGCGCCCGCGCCCACUGCGCAUCUAGCCCUAUUUGUGCACACCAUAAUUAUAAUCGGCAGCUAUAAGAGUGCCCGUGGCCUUGGUGCGUGGCGGUUGCAGCAAGCGCGCGCGGCCGAGCGGGCGCCGAGCUCCGGGGCGGAGGGCGCGGCCGGCGGAGUGCUGCCGUCGCGGUGCGGGGAGCGCUGGCCCGCAGACGUCCCCGUCGACUUCCGCCAGCCGCGCGUCAUCGCCAGCCUCGAGGUGCCCCGGCGCAGCUACCCCUGGCAGGCGUCGGUGCGCGCGCGCGCUGGCCUCAAGUCGGUGCAUUGGUGCGGCGCCGUCGUCCUGGGCCCUUUGCACGUGAUCACGGCCGCGCACUGCCUCCUGGACUACGUCAAGUCGGCGUACAUCGUGCGCGUAGGAGACCACGACACAGAGGGCGGGCGCGGCGGCUGCGCGCGGCGUGGGUGCCGUUGCUGCCGCAGGACACCUGCCGCGCCGAGGCGGUGUACGGCCCCGCUGCCCUCACCGACGCUAUGUUCUGCGCCGGGCGGCUGGAGGGCGGCGCUGACGCCUGCCAAGGCGAUUCCGGGGGGCCGCUCGUCUGCAGAGGGGACGACGGUCACUUUACGUUGGUUGGCGUUACUAGCUGGGGACUUGGCUGUGGCCGACCGAAUAAACCCGGGGUUUACACUCGCGUUGCUUACUUCCGUGACUGGCUUGAUCGAAAAAUAGAAGAUUCGAUGAGUGGGCGUUAGUAAUAUAAUUCGGUUUGUGAUAUAUUUAUGAUAUAGUGGUUUGCAAAUAUUAAAAAAAUAGUUUUAUUAUAGAUGGCGAUAUUUUUAAGCAUUUUUUAUAUGUAUAGUAUUAAAAGUUGAUAAAAUCAUGAACUGAUGUGAGAUUUGUGAUCUUAAAGUACAACUAGAACUAGAAAGCAAUUUACCUACAAUAUAAUGCAACUACCAACUUCCAUUAAUUAAAAGUAGUUUCAAAUUAUUAGUGAAAGUUUCAAAUCUUUAUUUGAAUACAAUGUACAAGAUAUACGCUUGAAUAUUUUUUAUAUGAUUAAAAAGGCACAUUUUUUAUAUUGAAGGGUAUGUGUCUUAGGUUCUGAAAUUAAUAUAAA